GGACUAACUUAUGUAUGCAUGUACAUAUGUGUUUCGGUAUAUUCUCAAACAAACUUUUUGUUGUAUCACUGUACUGUAUCCCAACAGCUGACGCCUUCUCACGCUGCGUGGCAAUUCAUUAUUUCUUAUAUCCUGAAUAUUGCCAUACAAACGUGCAUUAUUAACUCGUUUUUCAAACAGUUUUUACUUUUAAAGGAGGUCACGUAAAACGGUCGGAGGAGAAUUUAAAAAUAGAACCAGUUGUCCCGAAAACGUAUAAAUAUGAGUGAAGAACAUACAAAUUUGAAAAAGGAAUGGACCGACGAAGAACGCUUGGCAUUGGCUGAAAGACUAGAGGAGGAAUUGGAUGUCUUUAUUGAUGGCUUAGAAAAAAAACGUUAUGAAGAAGGUUGGCCAGAAGACCGUUGGCAAGAGGAAAUGGAUAAGCAUCCUUUUUUCAUGAAAAAUACACCUCAGCCUGGUGACGAAGUACAUCCAAUGUUCGAAGGCCUACAAAAAUUGAAAUACGAUCCGGAGGAGAACACAGCUGAAGAACUUGCGCUCAACUAUAAAGAAGAUGGAAAUUUUUAUAUGAAACAUAAGAAGUUUCGUACGGCAAUAAUCAGCUUUACUGAAGGCUUAAAAGUUAAAUGUGAAAAUCCCGAAGUUAAUGCUGUGCUCUACAACAAUCGUUCAGCGGCGCACUAUUUUCUUUUUAAUUUUAGAUCCGCACUUAUCGAUGCUCAAAUUGCUUUAAGACUUAAACCGGAUUAUGCAAAAGCGCGCUGGCGUGCCGCGCAGUGUGCACAUAAAACGAAGAAGUACGAAUUGUGUACCAAAUUCUGUAAUGAAAUAUUGGAGUGUGAUGAAAAUAAUAAAGAAGCGCGAGAUUUGUUAAAGGAAAAUAAAAAGAAAGAGUUAUUGUUAAGCCAUUAUGAACGAAGAGAACUGCAAAGAAAGAAAUCACUGGGUGCAAAGCACAUACGGCUCGUUAAAGCAUUGGAAGAACGUGGCGUUAAAUUCGUGAAGGAAGGAAAAAGAGCACCAAUCACAGAAAAAAUUUUACAGUCGGCGUCAGGUAUGGCAGGUCAUACAGUACAUUUGGAUGAAUAUGAUAACAAAACACUUGUGUGGUCUCUGGCUUUUCUGUAUCCAAAAUUUUCAAUUGGCGAUUAUCAGGUGGAUAUACAUGAAGAUGCAUUGAUGGAAACGUGUGUAUCUCAAUUAUUUGAGGAACCAUUGCCUUGGGAUAGAAGGGGUUUCUAUCGGGAGGACAAUGUAAAUGUGUAUUAUGAGGAUGCUACAACUCAUCAGGUACAUCUCGUUGAUCUAAAGAAGACAGUGGGAGAAAUUUCAGUGGAAAAGACUUUCUACGUUACUCAAAACGGUCUGGAAUUUUAUGUUUUGAAAAAGGAUUCCAGAGAAGAAAGGGAGUUUCUAAGUGAGAAGAGAAAGCCCUUUGAAUCUAAAUGGUUUAGAGUGGAUUAAGUGCCAAAUGAUGAAUAUAUAUGUUACUUCCUAUAUUUAAAAAUAAAACUUCUAAACAAUAAAGAUUAUUAUAUUAAAAACAUA